AUGUUAAAAUGUGACCAUGAGCCGCAUCCUGCCAAUCACGCUGGUGAUGCAUUGGCAACUGUGGACACUCCGAGUCCCCAACUUCAAGUUGACGCAUCUGAAUUUUUUCCUUCUGCCAAGCCCAUAGUAGUGCUUGGUCCUGCCAGUGGUACUCCAGACAUGGACAGGUCGUGCCGUGAGUCCCUCAGGCUGGAGCCUGGGUAUAAAGAAGCAGAAGUACCUCAGGAAACAAUUCAAGCCACUGUUGCAGCCGCCUCUCGUUCAAGUCUAGGACUCGGUGUCAAGGAAAACGAAAGACCUGGAGCUGCGGCCACCGUCGUUAGUCCGAGUCUGACUCGUAAAAGAAAAUUUGGCUUGGUGAAAAGCUGCAAAAUCAGAGUACAAGCUCGAUUUAAACUCCCACCGCGGCAGCGUGAUGUUGACAAGGAGAACAAUGCAUUUCUAUCUCUGAGUCUGAAUCUUGCUCCAGUUGCUGGCAUCAAGCGCAUCCGGCGGGAGAAAACAGCCGCACCAGUUCCCGCCACCAUCAGCACACCGACGAAAGUCAAAAUCAGACAACACAAGCCCCAGGUGUUUGAUGAAAAACUUGGAGUACGAGUCACGGUGGAACUACCUACUAUUACUAACUGUGACAAUGUUCUGACGCCAGCUGCCUUAGUUGAUGUACUACUCGUAGCAGUUCUGCCAACAGAACUGGCAGAACCUCAGGCUGGCGGGUGGCAGAAUUGCGGAAUGUUCCUUGAUGGAAGCACACAUCGAGUCAAUCAUAUCCCCAAGUCCCAUCUUUGUUUGCCAAUCAUGAAAUUCCCUCCCGAAUGCAUUCAUCCAGAGUCGGUAUUGUACUAUGACUCUCGCCGAGUGACUGCGACGUUCACCCAUUUAUUCCACUCGUCCUGGGUCUUUUCGCCAAUCCGAGCUCCAGUCGCAUAUCCCAGACUGCCAGGGAAUCACAGCUGCAGGAAACGUGUAGUCGGUAAUGAUCUCAUCACCCUCGUUUAUGUUACCCUGCACGUACUCCGAGUCAACCCGCUAACUUUCCACCUCCCUCAGCGUGUUGAUUCAACUUCGGCCGAACUCAUCAACUGCCGCAUAAAACUCGUUCAAUUUGAUUUUUUGAUGCUAUGGGGAUAUUUGCGAAAUGGAACAACCAAUACUGAAAGCCAAAUUAGGACUUUCGGGUCCUGUUUCAACGGUGCUCGUCUGCGGCUGCCAGCGAUGUACUCUCAGGCUGAUCCAGGCGAUCCACAGUACAACUUCAUCGAUAUUGACACUCAAGCAGGAUACCGCGUCAACGAUCAGCCGCAGCAGUCUGUGCCGCCACUGGCAUCCAUUUCCGGGCCUGUUCCAUUCCAACACCCCAACUUGAACUUGGAUGCGGGCUACACAGCAGGUUAUCGUUAUAUUUCCUCCCAAACCCAACCUGAGCAGGGACCGCUAGCGGUAUCCUUCUCUGCUCAAAGCCAAGAUUCGUUCUCGCUCGAUGUGCAGGCGAGUGGUCGUGAUCUUUACCCCACUGGCAACCAACUGCCAACGUCACCCAAUGACCCACCCGUAGACUAUCAGUACUACCCCUCCGGAGAUUUUAGUGUUGGUGAAGGGCCAUCGACAUCGUCCCAGGUUGAUCCAAGUCCUUAUCCCAACAUCGUUGAUGCCCAAGCGGGCGGCCAUCGUGAUGUUCAAUACCCUGCUAGCUCUGGCAGCCAGCUUCCAGUGUCAUCCAACGACCCAUCUAUACCAGACUAUCAGUACCCCUCCGCGUUUCAGGUUGAUCCAAGUCCUUAUCCCAACGUCCUUGAUACCCGCCGUGGCAACUACACUAUUGUGACGGAUGCUGAGAAUGAUGAAUCAAUAAUAUUUUCCAAUGUUUCAUCUGUUCAACCUACCCCCUUCAACUCCUUUAUGGGCACCAUGUUUCCGGACCCCAACAUCGGUGCCCGCACGAACUAUAAUGACAACUACUCAGCUGUUGGAAACUCGGCAGCCGCUCGAGUCGAGUCAGCUCCAAGUGCGACUCCUUACGCGGCCUCAAUGCACCAUUACGCAACCAUGGCCUCGCAAUUUCCCGACUUCUAUGCGCCUUUCCAAUCCGCUGAUGGCGUUUCUACAAUGCCUGACCCGGAAGAUGUAAUGCCUCUUCAUGCCGGCCAGCCAUUGCCUUUGGAUGAGCCCCUGUGCUUUGAUGCACCGAGUUUCGGGAAUCCGUUGCCUAAUGAAGAGCCGUCUGGAAGCCGGCCGUCAAGAAAAUGCCGUCAAGUUGACCCCUUCAUCGCAUUUGAUCCGCUUAAAAAAAAGCUGAGGGGUUGGACGGUUAAUACUAGUAAGGAUGUUCCGGAUCUUGCAACAUCCUCGUUGUCCUCCAAGCCUCUCAUUGCUAGCUCUGAGGAAUCCACAUCCCAGCAGCCUGGCGUAGGACCAGCCAAAUAUGAAGAGAACCACCCAAUUCACCAGGAUAUCGUUAAAAAGGCGUUGGGCGGUGUUAUUGACACUGUAGUCAACGGCUGCCCCUUCUUAUUUGAAGACGAACGAAAGCAGGAGGUCCAUUCGGCGCUAACCACGGCAACACAUACAGUUGCGGAUGACACUCUCAGCGCCAUCAACAAACAUCAUGGCUAUUACCAGAAAGCAUGCCCUACACCUAGUCCCGCGUGGCCUUCGUUCCCCCCCAAAUUCAUUUUCAAGGCGGGCAGAUCGAAGCCUUUCGAAAAUGAGGUGAUUCAGGACCUUGUCCAGAACACCAUUAUAGACCUUGAAUAUCAGCCACACGUCACCUCACUGGAUGGAAUGAAGCGUGGGGGGAACGACAACGUCGAAUUUUCCGUUAAAGAAUUCAAACCCAUGCAUACCAGGCUAAUGGACUAUAUUAAAGAGGAUAUCGCAUCCGACAAAGAGCUAUUGGAGUGGUGGGAGAAUCACAAGUUGCUCAUGCAAUGUAGAUUGGCAGACAUAUACGCAUUCUGUUCAAAACUCAAAGCCAAGAAAUGA